AUGUUACACCACAACACAAUACAACCCAAUACAUCAUACCACAACAUGACGCACACACAACAUAUAGCUUAUGACAUAUUAUCACAUCGCACCAUAACACAACACAGCACAUCACAACACAACACAAUAUAUCACAACACGACACAACAUAUUACACCACAACACAAUGCAACCCAAUACAUCAUACCACAACAUGACGCAGCACAUUACACCACAACACACACCAACCCAACACAACACAUCACAGCAUGUUACACCACAUUACACCACAACAUAGCACAACCCAACACACCACACCACAACAAGACAUAG